AUGGGAAACUCUCCAUGUGUCCCAAAAAGCAAGAGAGUGAAGGUAAAGGCCAACUAUUCCCGCACCGCCGCCAACAUGAAUAGCGGUGGUCGUGUGAUUCCGGAACUCACCAGUUUCGUUCAUCUGCUCCCUGAUAUGACCCGUGUUGAUCCGAAAGGACAAAUGGAACUCUAUCAAAUCCUGUACGAGAAUAGUGUUAGGCUCUACACGUGCCUACAAAACUAUCUUUCCCUGUGUGUCUUUGGCACACCGCCAACCACUGAAUCGCUCACCCCGACUGAGAUGGCUGGCCGUGUGUCGACCACCGAUGUUGAGAGACCACUGCAUAUCGAAAAUUCCACCAUGCGAGACCGUAUGGAUCAAGCAUUUGAGGCUUUAUGUGAUGAAAUGCAAACGCCUGAAAUAUCCGUGCUCCCCGAGUUAGUAGGACGAUCACCUGAAGCAAUUGACGAGUAUCUUCGUGAACAUAGUGGCCAAGUUUCCGUGGACAUGCUUGUCAAUGCCCUCAACCUCUACGCUGCUGCUGGAUUACGUAAACCACCCACUCGUGCUGUCGAAGGCCUGAUGGCUGCUGCGCAAGAUGGACCCUCCCAGACUGACAUCGAUCAUCGUGGUGAUCCCAUAGUGGAUGAAGACGCUCGAAAUGGUGCAAAUUUGGAUGGUCUUAUUCUCCUUGCAAGUGCUGCUGGAUUGGCCGAUUUGCUCGCUAUGCUGGUGCGCAUUCGUGGUUCAACGAACUUCGCCACUGAACAAGACUGUACCCCAUUGAUGGAAGCGUGUGCAGCUGGCAAUGUACGUAGUGUCAAAUGCCUUCUCGAUCUUGGUGCUGACAUGAAUGCGUACUCCAUCACUCAAAACACUCCUUUGAUCUACGCUGCUGCUGCCGGACAAGAAAAGGUUGUACGAAUGCUCAUCGAUUACAAGUGUAAUUUGGACUUACGCAAUGAAAAUGGACAUUGUGCUUUGAUGGAAGCUGCAAGUGCAGGACACCUAAACAUCGUGAAACUUCUCAUUCAAUCUGGUGCAAAGGCCGUUUUCGUGAAUAUGAAUAGCGAAUUCAAGGAAUCUCCACUCACCUUGGCUGCGUAUAAGGGCUAUACAGAUGUGAUAGAAUACCUCCUGUCGUUGAAUGAUUACGAUCGCUCAACUCGUGAUGAAGAACUCCACACAGCUCUUAUGGAAGCAGCUAUGGACGGACAUCUUGAGGUCGCACGUAUUCUGAUACAAGCUGGUGCUCCUGUGAACUUGACAAGCGAGUCGUAUGAAAGCCCUCUAACGUUGUCAUGCUGUGGUGGUCACGCUGAAUUGCAUGUGGUGAAGAUACUGCUUGAAAACGGUGCUCAAGUGAACGCAACUACUGAUGAGACUAUGGAAACAGCGCUUACAGUCGCAGCUUGUGGUGGAUUCACUGAGGUCUUGGACGUUUUGGUAAAGAACGGAGGUGACCUGGGAUUAGGCACGAACACACCACUCAUGGAAGCAGCACAAGAAGGACAUGCAUCCACCGUCAAUUACAUUCUUGCGACAGUGAAACCAGAGGAUCGCUCUGUGAAAUUUCGUCAACAAAUGGACCAGGCGUUGUCAUUAGCUUCGGAGAAUGGGCAUUUUGAUGUACUGCAGGUUUUAUAUUCGAACGGGGCUGAUCUGAAUUUCGAUUAUGACGGGCGCACUGCUUUGAUGAAGGCGGCAAAGAACGGUUUCCUUGAAAUCGUGGAGUUUCUAGUGGCAAAAGGGGCAGAUGUCAACUAUAGAUCUUCGAAUGGAGACGCAACAGCGCUAUCUUUAGCGUGUUCUGCUGGUCAUAAGGACAUUGUGAAACUUCUCUUGAAAUGCGGUGCUGAUCCUAAUAUCGAACUGAAGGAUGGCGUUACUUGUGUGAUGGAAGCAGCUAGGAAUGGUUUUGUUAAUAUCGUGGAAAUGAUGCUCGACCAUAGCGGAGUUUUCCCUCAACCUCCCCGCGUACUGCCCACUGGUACUGUUCCACAAACCGACAAAGGUAGUCCGCCUGUUCCUCCUCCACCACCGCCCACUCCCACCACGUCGGCAAAACAGACAGUGACUGCAAUGCGUCGUGGAAAGAAAGCAUCGUCCAGUACGAGUACUGCUGCAACUGCUACCCCAUCGUUGAAUCUAGCAUCUGGUACUAACGCUCCUCUACCAAAGACAAGCUGUAAUGUUCCUAAUCCUGAUCCUACAUAUGGAUUAUCAGGUUUUCCUGGUUCACAGGUGCGUUACUAUAAUAUUACUCCUACCUGGUUUGUUCGUUUGUACUUCAAAUAA